AUAUAUAUAAUCUUCUCUCUUUAAUUUGUCCAAUUAUCGACGCAACUUGCAACCACAAAAUAACAAAUCUUCCCCAUUAGCACCUCUCUUCCUUUCUCCCUCUUCUUCAUUGAAGGUCUUAACUGCAUUAUUUGCAGUUAGCAAAAGUGGAGGGUGUUAAGUUUGAAACUUCUUUUAUGUCUGAAAGAGAUUUUCUCUUUCUGUCAUCAAUUGGGCUGCUUGGAGAGUACUGUCCUCAGUCAAGAGACCCUCAUAAAGUUGUCUGCAUGCAUUUUAAGGGUUGCCAUUUUAUACAGCCUGCCCCAUCUAUAGACCAAGAAAUUCUCAUUGAUUUGAGCUCCUUGUACCACUUCUGAUAAAGCUAAAAGAGCAGAUAUUUGUGAUAUUAAGAUGGCUUUGCAAAACAUUGGUGCCGGAAACAAGGAUGAUGCCUUUUACAGGUACAAGAUGCCAAGAAUGAUAACAAAGAUUGAAGGUCGUGGAAAUGGCAUCAAAACUAAUGUGGUAAACAUGGUUGACAUUGCCAAGGCACUGAGUAGGCCAGCCUCAUACACCACAAAGUAUUUUGGCUGUGAACUCGGAGCUCAGUCUAAAUUUGAUGAGAAAACAGGUACCUCUCAUGUUAAUGGUGCCCAUGACACUGCAAAGCUUGCUGGACUUCUUGAGAACUUCAUCAAAAAAUAUGUUCAAUGCUAUGGUUGCGGGAAUCCUGAAACUGAGAUAUUGAUCACAAAAUCACAGAUGUUAACCCUUAAGUGUGCUGCCUGUGGCUUUUUAUCGGACGUUGACAUGAGGGACAAGCUCACCACAUUUAUUCUCAAGAACCCUCCUGAGCAGAAGAAGGGAUCUUCUAAAGAUAAAAAGGCAAUGAGGAGGGCUGAAAAAGAACGGCUCAAAGAAGGGGAAGCAGCAGAUGAGGAGGCAAAGAAACUCAAGAAAGAGGCUGCAAAGAAAAAAGGUUCCUCAAAGGACGGUUCUUCAAAAACAGCAAAGAAAAAAGCCAAUGUAUCAGAUGAGGAGCACUCUCCCACGGGCAGCCAAGCAGAUCAAACUGAAGCACCACAUGCUGACAGUGAUGAAGAUGUUCAAUGGCAGACGGACACCUCCGUGGAAGCAGCCCAGCAGCGAAUUCAGGAGCAGCUUAAUGCUGUUACUGCUAGCAUGGUUAUGCUUUCGGCAACUGAAGAGCAGAAGUCUGGCAAAAGCUCACCAGCACGUGAGGGGAAACCCAAGGUCAACGGGCAAGGCACUGGUCUUAAGGGUAAUAAUUCCAAAGAGACGCUUGUUGCACAGACCAAUGGUGUUAAGCGUAGUAAUUCGAAAGAGACUCUUGUUGCACAGACGAAUGGUGUUAAGCGUAGUAAUUCCAAGGAGAAGCUUGUUGACUCUAAAGAGAGGCUUGCGGAUGAAAUAAAGGAACACCUGAAUAAGGGUUCAUCUGUUGCUAAGCUAAAGUCCUUCUUGGGCUCUAUUUCCGGAACUCAUCAAGACAUAGUCGAUGCAUUGUUUGAAGCUCUUUUUGGUGGAGUUGGAAAAGGUUUAUCCAAGGAGGUGAUCAAGAAGAAACAUUAUCUUGCAGCUGCUGUACAGGAAGACGGUUCACAGCUAGCUCUACUACAUGCUAUUGAGUCAUUUUGUGGAAAAUCAAACUCAGAGGCUGUGAAGGAGGUUGCAUUGGUUCUGAAAGCACUUUAUGACAUUGAUAUGCUGGAAGAAGAGUUUAUUGUGGAGUGGUAUGAGAAGGGAUCGAAAGGUAGCAACAAAAUCUCCCCAAUCUGGAAGAACGUUAAGCCAUUUGUGGAGUGGCUGCAGAGUGCCGAGUCUGAAACUGAGGAUGAGUAACUUAAUGAAUGUGUGGUUCUUUGUCCUCCUAUCUACUUAUGAUAUGGUUUACAGUACAGUUGUGUCCAUUUAGGUCCAACUAAUAAUGUUGUUUUCGUUAGUCAAGUCAUUAGGUCUUUGAAACUAGAUGUCCAAUGACCCUGCUGGUGUCUUUGGUGCUGCAGAAUAAAGCAGUAAUUUGUGGCUAUUGUCAUACCCUUCUGUUUUGAGUCCUGGUUAUUGUUCUGUGUGCUGUGCAUUUUGUCAAAGCACUUAUGAUUUGCUUUCGCGUCCUGUGUGUAUGUAUUGUCUCUGCAGUUGUGGCUCUUCAA